UUCAAAGCGCACACAGCACUAAAAAAUACUUACAGCAAAUAUACAUUAAUUUUGUUGCAUAAAUUUUAAUUGUAUUUUAAAUAUGCCUUGCUCAAUUUCACCUUUUGAAUCUGGCUCAAAUCGUUAUCGCGCCAAUGUGCGCAUAGGCAAUUGGUUUGAGGACAAUUGUUUGGAAGAGGACAAGCGUGAAAGCUUUAGAAAGAUGCGUGAUCGCGGCGAGCUGCUGGUGGAGAAAGCGCGCAGUUUGUUUGAUAACUUUCAAAAGGAAGUGCAGCUGGCUGCGCCCAAGGACGACAUAAUGUUUGGCGCUGUUAUACAGCUAAUGCCUAUAUAUAUGAAUCUGCUGGAUAUGGACACUACAGAGCUGCAUCCAGCUUUGUCUGUUGUCAUCAAUGAGCACGCCAUACGCGCUAGUCAAACCAUAAAUGAGAAUUGCGAACUUACUGUGGCGCCUUCGGAGCGUCCUUGUGUGCGCAAUGCCUUUCGCAUUGUCAGCGGCGAUGAGCACGAUCGCACUGGCGAGAAGCUCAAGUAUGGUCAACGCUUUCGCUUGGAGUGCGUCGAGUCACCAGCCGAUCCCAUAUUGCUAUACAGCGCGCCCAAGAUGACAAAUCUAUCGCAGGCUAUCAACACUACUUUCAAUUCACAAAAGUAUGGCGAGAUUAAUUUGCCUUUAGGUCUGGUGCAUCGCAGUAAGAUCAUGUGCCCCGAUGGCGAUAUACCCAAGGCCUUUACCAAUUGGUUCUGCAUGCAUGUUGAUCCACAAAAACGCUUCGAAAGCGAGGGCGGAGUGCUGCCUAGCAACUCACCUUUGGUUAUUGUGCAUGCGGCUACCAAUCGCAAUCUGGCCGCUGAGAAUGUUGUCAUACAAACUCUAUUUGGUCCAGAGUUUCUGGUUUCGGUGCAGAACUAUCGCAAUGUGUUCAAGCGUGAGAUCUGGAAGAACGUUUGGAUGAUUAGCAAUGGUCAGCAGCCAAGUGCUGCGCACAAAGCUUAGCGCACAAAUUUUACGUUUUACGUUGUGUGUUAAAUAAAUUAAAUAGUUGAGCUAAACAAGGUCAAAGCUUGCCCACCCAC